AUGGGGGCCGCGCCGGGCCGCCGGGGGCCGCCGCUGCUGCUGCUGCUCCUGCUGCUGCGGCCGCCGCCCGCCGCUCUGACGCUGGACCCUGGGCUGCUGCCCGGCGACUUUGCCGCCGACGAGGCCGGCGCGCGGCUCUUCGCGAGCAGCUACAACUCGAGCGCCGAGCAGGUGCUGUUCCGGAGCACCGCAGCCAGCUGGGCGCACGACACCAACAUCACCGCGGAGAACGCGCGGCGCCAGGAGGAAGAAGCCCUGCUCAGCCAAGAGUUUGCAGAGGCCUGGGGCCAGAAGGCCAAGGAGCUCUAUGACCCGCUGUGGCAGAACUUCACCGACCCGGAGCUGCGCAGGGUCAUCGGGGCUGUGCGCACCCUGGGCCCUGCCAACCUGCCCCUGGCCAAGCGGCAGCAGUACAACUCUCUGCUGAGCAACAUGAGCCAAAUCUACUCCACGGGCAAGGUCUGCUUCCCCAACAAGACUGCAAGCUGCUGGUCCCUGGACCCAGACCUCACCAACAUCCUGGCUUCCUCACGGAGCUACGCCAUGCUGCUGUUUGCCUGGGAGGGCUGGCACAAUGCUGUGGGCAUCCCGCUGAAGCCCCUCUACCAGGAAUUCACCGCGCUCAGCAACGAGGCCUACCGGCAGGACGGCUUCUCAGACACGGGGGCCUACUGGCGCUCCUGGUACGACUCGCCCACCUUCGAGGAGGACCUGGAGCGCAUCUACCAUCAGUUAGAGCCCCUCUACCUGAACCUGCACGCCUAUGUCCGGCGAGCGCUCCACCGCCGCUACGGGGACAGAUACAUCAACCUCAGGGGACCCAUACCCGCGCACCUGCUGGGGAACAUGUGGGCCCAGAGCUGGGAAAGCAUCUACGACAUGGUGGUGCCCUUUCCAGACAAGCCCAACCUAGAUGUCACCAGCACUAUGGUGGAGAAGGGCUGGAAUGCUACACACAUGUUCCGGGUGGCCGAGGAGUUCUUCACCUCCCUGGGGCUCCUGCCCAUGCCUCCUGAAUUCUGGGCCGAGUCGAUGCUGGAGAAGCCGGAGGAUGGGCGGGAGGUGGUGUGCCACGCCUCGGCCUGGGACUUCUACAACCGGAAGGACUUCAGGAUCAAGCAGUGCACGCGGGUGACGAUGGACCAGCUGUCCACGGUGCACCAUGAGAUGGGCCACGUGCAGUACUACCUCCAGUACAAAGACCAACCUGUCUCCCUGCGCCGAGGCGCCAACCCCGGCUUCCAUGAGGCCAUCGGUGACGUGCUGGCGCUCUCGGUCUCCACACCUGCACAUCUACACAAAAUCGGCCUGCUGGACCACGUCACCAACGACACAGAAAGUGACAUCAAUUACUUGCUGAAGAUGGCACUGGAAAAAAUCGCCUUCCUGCCCUUUGGCUAUUUGGUGGACCAGUGGCGCUGGGGGGUCUUCAGUGGGCGGACGCCCUCUUCCCGCUACAACUUUGACUGGUGGUAUCUUCGCACCAAGUAUCAGGGCAUCUGCCCUCCCAUCAUGCGAAACGAGACCCACUUUGAUGCCGGAGCUAAGUUCCAUAUCCCAAGUGUGACGCCGUACAUCAGGUACUUUGUGAGCUUUGUCCUGCAGUUCCAGUUCCAUCAAGCCCUGUGCACGGAGGCCGGCCACCAGGGUCCACUGCACCAGUGUGACAUCUACCAGUCCACCCGGGCAGGGGCCAAGCUCCGGGCACUGCUGCAGGCAGGCUGCUCCAGGCCCUGGCAGGAGGUGCUCAAGGACAUGGUCGGCUCCGACGCCCUGGACGCCCAGGCGCUGCUCGACUACUUCCAGCCAGUCACCCAGUGGCUACAGGAGCAGAACGAACGCAAUGGCGAGGUCCUGGGCUGGCCGGAGUAUCAGUGGCGCCCACCGCUGCCCAACAGCUACCCGGAAGGCAUCGACCUGGUGACCGAUGAGGCUGAGGCCAGCCGGUUCGUGGAGGAGUAUGACCGGUCAUUCCAGGCGGUAUGGAACGAGUACGCCGAGGCCAACUGGAACUAUAACACCAACAUCACCACAGAGGCCAGCAAGAUCCUGCUGCAGAAAAACAUGCAGAUAGCCAAACACACCCUCACGUACGGCAACUGGGCCAGGCGGUUUGACGUGAGCAACUUCCAGAACGCCACCAACAAGCGCAUCAUAAAGAAGGUUCAGGACCUGGAGCGGGCAGUGCUGCCCGUCAAGGAGCUGGAGGAGUACAACCAGAUCCUGCUGGACAUGGAGACUAUUUACAGCGUGGCCAACGUGUGCCGCGCGGACGGCUCUUGUCUCCAGCUGGAGCCUGAUCUGACCAAUCUGAUGGCCACGUCUCGGAAAUACGACGAACUGUUGUGGGCGUGGACAAGCUGGCGGGACAAGGUGGGGAGAGCCAUCCUCCCGUACUUUCCGAAAUAUGUGGAGUUCACCAACAAGGCUGCCCAGCUCAAUGGCUACGCUGAUGCAGGGGAUUCCUGGAGGUCCACGUACGAGACGCCGACCCUGGAGCAAGACCUGGAGCGGCUCUUCCAGGAGCUGCAGCCGCUCUACCUGAACCUGCACGCCUACGUGCGCCGCGCCCUGCACCGCCACUACGGAGCCCAGCACAUCAACCUGGAGGGCCCCAUUCCCGCACACCUGCUGGGGAACAUGUGGGCGCAGACCUGGUCCAACAUCUAUGACCUGGUGGCGCCUUUCCCUUCAGCCUCCACGAUGGAUGCCACAGAGGCCAUGAUCACGCAGGGCUGGACUCCCAGGAGAAUGUUUGAGGAAGCUGACAAGUUCUUCAUCUCCCUGGGGCUGCUGCCCGUGCCUCCUGAGUUCUGGAACAAAUCGAUGCUGGAGAAGCCCACCGACGGGCGGGAGGUGGUGUGCCACGCCUCGGCCUGGGACUUCUACAAUGGCAAGGAUUUCAGGAUCAAGCAGUGCACCACGGUGAACAUGGAGGACCUGGUGGUGGUCCACCACGAGAUGGGUCACAUCCAGUACUUCAUGCAGUACAAGGACUUGCCCGUGGCCUUGCGGGAGGGCGCCAACCCUGGCUUUCACGAGGCCAUCGGGGACGUGCUGGCCCUCUCGGUGUCCACGCCCAAGCACUUACACAGCAUCAACCUGCUGAGCAGCGAGGGUGGCGGCUACGAGCACGACAUCAACUUCCUCAUGAAGAUGGCACUCGACAAGAUCGCCUUUAUCCCCUUCAGCUACCUCGUGGACGAGUGGCGCUGGAGGGUAUUUGAUGGGAGCAUUACCAAGGAGAACUACAACCAGGAGUGGUGGAGCCUCAGGCUGAAGUACCAGGGCCUCUGUCCCCCAGCGUCCAGGUCUCAAGGUGACUUUGAUCCAGGGGCCAAGUUCCACAUCCCUUCAAGUGUGCCUUACAUCAGGUACUUUGUCAGCUUCAUCAUCCAGUUCCAGUUCCAUGAGGCACUGUGCGAGGCGGCCGGCCACAAGGGCCCCUUGCACACCUGUGACAUCUACCAGUCCAAGGAGGCAGGGAAGCGCCUGGCGGAUGCCAUGAAGCUGGGCUACAGUAAGCCGUGGCCAGAAGCCAUGAAGGUGAUUACGGGCCAGCCCAACAUGUCGGCCUCGGCCAUGAUGAACUACUUCAAGCCGCUGAUGGACUGGCUCCUCACCGAGAACGGGCGGCACGGGGAGAAGCUGGGCUGGCCGCAGUACACCUGGACGCCAAACUCCGCUCGCUCGGAAGGCUCCCUCCCAGACUCCGGCCGCGUCAACUUCCUGGGCAUGAACCUGGACGCGCAGCAGGCCCGCGUGGGCCAGUGGGUGCUGCUCUUCCUGGGCGUCGCCUUGCUCUUGGCCAGCUUGGGCCUCACCCAGCGGCUCUUCAGCAUCCGCUACCAGAGCCUCCGCCAGCCCCACCACGGGCCCCAGUUCGGCUCCGAGGUGGAGCUAAGACACUCCUGAGAUGU